AUGCACAAUCCAACAAUCUACAUAUCAGCGUCGGCGUCGGCGUUAGCGCCAAGCGUCGGCGUCAGCGUUAGCGCCAACCUUCGGCGUUUUUUAAACGAACAACAAUCUGCGUCAGCGUCAGCGUCUGCAAAACGAACAACAACUGUUCUCAUUGACGUUGAUGCCGACGCUGACGCUGCCGCUGACGCUGAAACCCGCGGCAACCAAACGAACAUGACCUAUGCUAUCCUAAAAAACUUUCAAAUCAAAACACUUAACUUUGUAGCACUAAAAAACCAUGAACAUCAUUGCUGGCUCCUACGAGAGAUUCAUCUGGGGCUUCAAGCUCAAAUCACAAAACACGACUAUGAAACCCAAACCCAACCCUCACCCCUCUCUUCUCCUAUCUUUCCCACAUCUCCUCCAUCACCACCGUCGCUUGCUCCGCUGCCGCUUCCAGUGGCUCCGACGACACAAUCCACCUCUACAACCUCCCAUUCAUGUCUUCCCUCGGCUCCCUCCUCGACCACAACCACACCGCCUCAAUCACCGCCCUCUCCUUCUACACCCCCUCCUCACUCUCCUUCCCUCGCAACCUCAUCUCUGCUGCCGCUGACGGUUCUGCCGCCAUCUUCGACACCAACCCUUUUGUCCUCCUCAUGUCUUUUUGUCCUCACAAUAAGCCGUGAACGAUCGCACGAUUCAUCCGUCGGGGAACCUAGUUUUGGUUGUGUACCGUGA